ACAUCCACACUCCUCGCAGGGCCGCCUCCCUCCCUCCCUCCCUCCCUCCCCCUUCCCCUCUCCCCGCGGCCGCGUCCACACUGCGCCGCUCGGGCAGCCCAGAGCGCGGCGCGCGGGCACCGGCGCCGCCCCUCCCCGCGCAGCCUGUAGCCGUCCAGGCUCGCACCGGCACUUCCCCGACGGAACCCGCGGAAACCAAUUAGCCAGUAUCCCAGGCCGGCCCCCAGACGCAUCCCCCGGCCCAGGGCGAGGAUGAGCAGGACAGGCGAGGCACAAAGUCGAAACUCAACUUUUUAAAAACACUAUUUGCGUGCGUGUGUGUGUGUGCGUGUGUGUGUGUGAGUGUGAGUGUGUGAAGGAGCUGAUGCCGAGGGUCCAGCCACCCCCCUUCUGCCUCCUCCUUCUGCCGCUGCUGCCCUCGUACACGCGCGCGCACUCAGGGCACUUGGGCCGGGUUUCCGCGCUCGGUCCCCAGGCUUGGAUGGGAGUUUUCAUUUCAGAAGGAGGCAGAACCCGUGGAGCGUGCUGAAGGGCUGGAGCCCCAAGUUUCUCCUCGCCAGCGCUGGCUGCCUGCUGUCACCCCUGCGGGCUGGCCGGGGGAAGGGACCCGCACACCGGCUUUGUUGUGGAAAUCCCGGUUACCUGGCUAAAAACCCACACCAUGGAUAACUUAUUGGACUUUGCCUGAAAGGAGUCAUUAGUGCCAUUGGAUAUUUGACCAUCUUGGCCACAGGUUUUUUCAAAAUGAAUGGAAGGUCAUGCAGCAUGAAUUUCUACCGGAUAUCAGGAACCCCACAGGGGCCUGGGAUGGUCAGUGGCCAACACAUUCCUCCCAUCCGAGCCCACUCGGGGACUCCUGGCCCCUCGUCCUGUGGCAGCACACCAAGCCCUGGUAUUGGAAGCCUUGCUAACAGUCUCCAUCUCAAGAUGCCCUCGGGAGGAGGGAUGGUUCCUCAGAGCAACAUGGCUGAGAGCCCCAUCCAUUUGCCCGCCUUGAGCCCCAGGAGACAAGUGAUCACCAAUGGGAAGUCACGAUUCCAGGUCACCCAGGCCGGAGGCAUGUCAGGGCCACAUACUUUAAAGCCAAAGCAGCAGGAGUUUGGAAGUCCUUUUCCUCCAAAUCCUGGGAAAGGGGCUCUUGGCUUUGGGCCUCAGUGCAAGGCCAUUGGAAAAGGCAGCUGCAACAAUCUAGUGGUCACCAGCAGCCCCAUGAUGGUUCAGCGACUGGGACCCAUUUCACCUCCAGCAAGCCAGGUCUCUACAGCAUGCAACCAGAUCAGUCCUAGCUUACAGAGGGCAAUGAAUGCAGCCAACCUGAACAUACCUCCUUCAGAUACCAGGUCCCUCAUUUCACGUGAGUCUUUGGCGUCCACGACUUUGAGUCUGACAGAAAGUCAGUCGGCUUUGAGCGUGAAACAAGAGUGGACUCAAGGCUACAGGGCUCUCCCCUCGCUCUCCUCCAGCCACAGCUCUCAGAAUGGCAUUGAUCUAGGGGACCUUUUUAGCCUUCCUCCGGGGACAGCCAUGUCCGGCAAUAGCGUCUCGAACGCAUUGCCAUCCUACCUUUUCGGUAUGGAAAAUAGCCACUCUCCUUACUCCAGCCCCCGACACUCUUCCGCCCGGUCUCACUCGGCCCGCUCCAAGAAGAGAGCGCUGUCCUUGUCCCCGCUGUCCGACGGCAUCGGGAUAGACUUCAACACCAUCAUCCGCACCUCUCCCACGUCCUUGGUCGCCUACAUCAACGGGUCGAGGGCUUCCCCGGCCAACAUGUCCCCGCAGCCCGAGGUCUACGGGCAUUUCCUGGGCGUGCGCGGCAGCUGCAUCCCCCAGCCGUGCGCGGUGCCCGGCAGCCAGAAGGGCGUGCGGGUGGCCAGCGGGGGCCUGGCGCUGCCGGCCUACGGCGAGGACGGCCCGCUGGAGUACGAGCGCAUGCAGCAGCUGGAGCACGGCGGCCCCCAGCCCGGCCUGGUCAACAACAUGGUGGUGCAGCACGGCCUGCCGGGCCCCGACGGCCAGCCCGCCGGCCUGCUGAAGACCGAGCGCCCGGACGACUUCCCGGGCGGGGCUCUAGACCUGCCCUCCGCGCCGCCCCUGCCUCCUCUGCCACCCCUGCCCCAAGGCCCCCCGCCCCCCUACCAUGCCCACCCGCACCUGCACCACCAAGAGCUGGGCCCCCACGCCCAGACGCUGGCCCUGCCCCAGACCGCCCUGGAGGACGAUGGGGAGAUGGACGACGUCGGGGGCAAGCACUGCUGUCGCUGGAUCGACUGCAGUGCCUUGUAUGACCAGCAGGAAGAACUCGUGCGGCACAUCGAGAAGGUGCACAUAGACCAGCGCAAAGGGGAAGACUUCACCUGCUUCUGGGCGGGGUGUCCUCGGAGGUACAAGCCGUUCAACGCCCGCUAUAAACUGCUGAUCCACAUGCGAGUCCACUCCGGAGAGAAGCCCAACAAGUGUACGUUUGAAGGUUGCAAGAAGGCCUUUUCAAGGCUCGAAAAUCUCAAGAUUCACUUGCGGAGUCACACGGGCGAGAAGCCUUAUUUGUGCCAACAUCCGGGCUGCCAGAAGGCGUUCAGCAACUCCAGUGACCGCGCCAAGCACCAGAGGACGCAUCUGGACACUAAACCUUAUGCUUGUCAGAUUCCAGGAUGCACCAAACGCUACACAGACCCAAGUUCCCUAAGAAAGCAUGUGAAGGCACAUUCUUCCAAAGAUCAACAAGCAAGGAAAAAGUUGCGGUCCAGUGCAGAGCUACAUCCUGACCUGCUCACGGAUUGCCUAACCGUGCAACCCCUGCAGCCGGCCACCUCCCCACGCGAUGCUGCCGCCGAUGGGGCAGUGGGAUGCUCCCCGGGGCCUGGGCCUGACCUCUAUCCAGCUUCCAUCUUCUCCAGCAAUCAUUCAACCCGAAGCGGAACAGCUGCUGGGGCCGUGCCACCCCCGCAUCCUGUCAGUCACCCUUCUCCGGGACAUAAUGUACAGGGGAGCCCCCACACCCCCUCCUCCCAGUUACCUCCACUCGCAGCUGUGGACGCGGGAGCCGAGAGGUUUGCACCUUCUGCUCCAUCUCCUCACCACAUCAGUCCCCGGAGAGUGCCAGCUCCUUCAAUAAUGCAGAGAACACAGCCUCCCCAUCCCCAGCAGCCCUCGGGAUCUCACCUGAAGUCUUAUCAGCCAGAAACAAACUCUUCUUUUCAACCAAAUGGAAUCCAUGUCCAUGGAUUUUACGGGCAGCUGCAGACAUUCUGCCCACCACAUUACCCUGACUCCCAGAGAACCAUGCCGCCCAGCAGCUCCUGCAGCGUGGUGCCUUCCUUCGAGGACUACCUGGUCCCUACGUCCAUGGGCCAGGCUGGCUUUGAUGUUUUCCACAGAGCCUUCUCAACUCACUCGGGCAUUACAGUGUAUGAUUUGCCUUCGGGUUCCUCAAGCCUCUUUGGAGAGUCUCUUCGCAGCGGGCCUGAAGACACCACGUUCUUGCAGAUCAGUGCUGUGGACCGCUGUCCUAGCCAGCUCUCGUCUGUGUAUACUGAAGGCUAAGAGCUCCCCUGGCCUCCACUACCACUGGCAUCCAGAACCUUUUGUCGCUUGCCACCUUUGGUGUUCACACCCUCACAGACUGCAUGGAAUGAUGGCAAUGAAUCAGCAGAACCUGCGAAGCCACAGGCAUGUCAUUGGAAUGCAGGACUACACAGUCAGAGCUGGGCUUGCAGGAAUGUUUGCAUUUGCUCCUGGUUCUCUCUGGGUUUGCUGGUAACCAGCAGGACUGUCUUUUCAAAGGGAAUUUAGACUCUCACUCUACCAGAUACCUGUUACUUCCUGGCUGUCAACCCUCAAAGGACACCAGUGAAGUGACAUGCAUGUGAAAAUGUAGUUUGGGGAUCGCCCUUGCUGAGCACCCUAAAUGGAGAGGGACCACGCAAAUUGCCAGAAGCACAGAGAGCCGCCUGGCCCAUGCGCGUCCUCACUGCUGGCACGGCGGAAACCCAGGUCCACAGCACAGGUGAAGCCCCGGGUUUCCAGCACCAGCCUGGCAUUUCAGUGAGCUGGCUGCCCCUCUUUCACUCCUCUUCGCUGUCCCUGUGCUAGCCAGUUGCUCUUCAGUGUUUCUGCAACAGAAACAGGAGGUUCUGUCAAGUACAACCCCUUGAAAGGCACUACAACUCAUUUCAUGCUCCAAAAACCUGUCUUAGUUCUUUUGUUUUAAAGACUUGUUAUUUACAUCUACUUUAAAAGGAAAAAUAUAUUUAGAAGUCUGUUUUUUUAAAAAGUUAUUUUAAUCACCCCAGCCACAUACAUUUGCCACAGCUGUGCAGCUGCGCCUGGCCACACCUUGCAGCACCUGUGAGCAUUCGUGGAAUGUUCAUUUUGCAUUUCGCAAAGGCUACCUGAGGGAAACAGGGUGGGCGCCCCCUCUUCCCAGUGCUGUGGCAGGAAGCCUAGAGGGUUAGCAGCACCUCAAAGACCGUGUUCAAAGCAAAAGUUCACAUGACUGGUUCAUCCAUUACUUCCACUCCGGUGCUCUGCCCAGAGAUGGGCUAGAAAGUGUGAGCACAGGGCCACACUGAGUUAUGUUCCCAGGUGUUCUUGGAAAACCAAACUAGAGGUGCUCUGUGUCCAUUCUGCACAGCCUCUGCUCACCUCCCUCAGGAUAUCCACCAUCAUCUGUCUGUCUCUUCCCUCCACCUGCAUUGUUCUCACUCUUUUCCUGACUGUGGUUUGGACAUGCCCACCACCCACCAUUGUCUGACCAUCACCUCUUAGCAAGGUCUGACCCAAGGCAGGUAGAGGAAACAAUUCUGGAAAGGUGAGCAGAAGAAGGCAACCUUUUUUUCCCCCUAAAACUCUGGUUUGAGGGCCUGGGAUUUUCACAGAGCACUUAGCCAUUUGAUAUCAAGCCUUAAGAGAAAGCCGUUUUCUGGGGCACAUUUACAAAGCUUUAAAAAGAUCCUGAGUCCUAUGGCCUAGGCUAGAAAAAUUAGCCAAACCCCAAAGACCCCCACAUGUAAAUUCUGACAUUCCAGUACUGUCACAUCAUGCUUUUUUUCUCUCCUUAAAAAUGUUUUCUGAACAACAAUGAAACGAUGCUGUUUGUCAAACAGAAAUAAUUACAAUCUUCAACAAGACAAAUAGCUUGGUGUCAGACUUGGGCUCCAGUGACUGUUGUAUCCUGACAGAUGGGUCCUUCCAGUCCAACGGCACAAUCAGUAGUAUUCUGCCUGCUUCCGGAUCUCAUUCAAACAUGUGGUAGAAUAAGGGGAAUAAAGAACCAAAUGUGAGUCCAUUUCUGACUAGUGAGCUCUGAUCUGAGAAAAGCCAUCAUGUAGACGUCUGAGUCUGUAACAGAAACAAGUUAAUCACAUUACAAAAAUCUGUUCUACUUUACGAGAGGAUGCACAUCAGGCUUCCUUUCCAAAUGUGCUCUCAGACUGCAUGUGAAGUACCACCCUCCUUCCAGACAUUGUGGGUCGUAUCACUUGGCCUAAGCAAGGACACACACAUACCAACACUGGUGUCCCUCCCAUGUCCUUGUCACACUCUGGAACGAAAGGCUUUUUAGAGAGACAGUAUGUCCGUUCUUAAUAUUGAAGCUUUUAUGAGGAACUCAAAAUACAUUUCAUUUUUGUGAUGAGGAAAAAGAUGAAAAGGCAAGGUUGUUCUUGCAGCUGAUGUUGUCACCCCUGCCUGGGGCUUUAUAUAAUUUAAAGUGGAAAGGGGGAAGGAUGACGAAGCCAGAAGCUGAACCUCAGAAACCGUGGAUGUCAUCUCCUUUGGCUGGAGGAGAUGCUCCUGAGCCAGUUUCUGGUCUUACCUCACAGUGGCCCUGCCCGUGCAGUGCUUCACUGUGGCUGGAGGGAGCCGGGGCAGCCAGGCAUCAGCAGCACCUGCAGGGCCUCCUUCCUCAGCAGGAAUUUGGGCAGCCCCUCAGGAGGGCAUUCCUGUUAGCAGAUGGGCAUGCAGGACGGCCCAGGGCUGCCUGAAGCUGAGAGCCCCUCCGGUGCCCUCAGUGUUCCUGAUGGUGCAGGUCUGAGCUGAAGGCCUCAGGACAGGGCACUCAGGUUCCUUUUAGACUAUUCAUGCUGUCCUCAGAUCCCAGCAUCUCACCUGACCUUAAAAGUUGUUUCUUGCUUGCUUUCACAUUGCAUAGGAUUUAUAUAUGCUUUCAUUAUUAUGCUUGUAGCAGUAAAAAUGGAAUGUUCAAAAAUGUAUUCCCUCCCAUUUCUUGGCCUUUUUAGUCUUGCCAUGUAACCAUUUUCAUUAACAUCCAAACAGAGAUUGUCAUCCCCCUUUCUUAAGUAAAAACGUGCCUAUGAAAAUACACGCAGCCCAAAGCUAAUUAUCCUAUUACAUUAAAAAGAAGAAAUCAGUAUGCCUAGAAACAUUUCAUUUGCUGCAUUGUCUUAAUUCUCUAAAGGGACUGCAUCAAAGUGUCAGUUGUAAUUUAGCCUCUGAUCAGCUGUUAACGAUUAUUUAAAUAUUUACUAUCCUGUGGGGUCCCUUUACCCAUGUCUCCCCCAAAUUACCUAGGUGAUUCUAAGAUGGACACUAGGUCUUCAGUGGCUCACAGCAGUUUCCACUUGUAAAACCGAGUGUCGGUGGUGUUCUGUAGCUUUUACAUUCCCAGCUGUCAAGCACAUUAGUGUACUAGAACAGAGGUAAAUGUUCAUCUUCCGUCCAACAACCUUGACUGUUCAGUUGCCUUGAAGUAUUGGGAAUAGUGACUGUAAAUGUCUGAUUUAAUUAUUUGGUGUUUUAUUUGACUGUUUUGACCAUGUCAUUUUAUAGCAGCAUUUUUUAAUGGCACUUUUUGUUGGUGGUGUGGAAUUUCUGCAGUUAAUUUUUUUUUUGCAAUGGAUAAAGCAAAAAAAAAAGAAAGAA